AUGUGGUGCCUCCUCGUGCUGCUCUGCUCCCAAGGAAUUGCCUUUUCAGCAGGAUUCACAACACCCUCCACUCUGAAUUCAGACACAAGCCAGCACAGGAAGCCUCGCAACCCUGAAUGCUUUAUGAAUGUUAGUGAAAUUAUCAGAUAUCAUGGAUACCCCAGUGAGGAAUAUCAAGUUACCACGGAGGAUGGAUACAUUCUUGAUGUCUUCAGAAUUCCUGCUGGAAGGAACAGCCAAAAUACAGGGAAAAAGCCUGCAGUCUUGCUACACCAUGGUACUUUAGCAGAUUCUACUUACUGGAUUUCUAACCUGCCCAACAACAGCCUAGGCUUCAUCCUCGCAGAUGCCGGCUAUGAUGUCUGGAUGGGAAACAGCCGAGGGAACACUUUGUCUUUAAAACACAAGACCCUUAAGCCCUGCCAGAAAGAGUUCUGGCAGUACAGCUUUGAUGAGAUAGGUAAAUACGAUAUUCCAGCAGAGCUGUACUUCGUCAUGAAUAAAACUGGACAGAAGGAUGUAUAUUAUGUUGGUCACUCAGAAGCUUCAACUGCAGGCUUCAUAGCAUUUUCUACUUAUCCUGAGUUGGCACAAAGGGUUAAGGUGUUCUUUGCUAUGGGACCAGUAGCCACAGCCACACAUGCUACCAGUCCUCUGGUAACAUUUACACGUCUUCCCCAAUCACUGAUCAGGUUACUACUUGGCUGCAAAGGAACUCUUCACCAGAAUGAACUGCUGAAAGGGCCUUUAACACGGAUCUGCAGAUCUCUGGGAAAAUUUUGUGGCAGUGUGCUCUACUACGUAGCUGGGGGCAGGGUACAAAAUGUGAACACGAGCCGGAUAGAUACCUACGUAGCACAUUACCCUGCUGGAACAUCUGUACAGAACGUUAUUCAUUGGCAUCAGGUAAUAAAUGCAGACCAAUUUCAAGCUUAUGACUACGGCUCUAAGGAAAACAUGAAGAAAUACAACCAGUCUACUCCUCCUGCAUACCCAAUAGAGAAGAUAAGCACACCAAUUGCUGUUUGGAGCGGUGGACGUGACAAAUUUGCAGAUCCCAAGGACAUAGCAAAGUUACUUCCUCGGAUUACUAAUCUCAUUUACCACGAGCAUUUCCCUGCUUGGGGACAUCUUGAUUUCGUCUGGGGCCUUGAUGCACCUGAGAAAAUGUAUCAGAAAAUCAUUGAACUAAUAAGAAAACACCCUUAA